GUAAGAAUCCGGUGCAUGUGUCUUCGUCGCCGAUAACAGCGAUCAAUUUCCCGCGGCCGGCCAUGACAAAAUGAGACGAGACUUUUUCAAAUUCACGGAGGAAAUUUGCUCGCUAGCUUGAAAUUGCAGAUCAUGUGACGGUCAGCUGACCAGCACUUCCUGUGAGCUCGCGCCCCCUGCUGCUGGGAAGCCGCCCGAUAAAAAGCAGAGCCGCUUUAGUCGCCGCCUUGAAGCGCUCACAGUCACGUGAAAGCACGCGUACACAAGCCGGAAGUGAUGGCUGCCCGCGACCAAGCGUAAACAGGACGGAGAAGAAAGCAAAGAUGACCACGGCGGCCCUGACUGCGGGUCUGGAACGGAUUCCGGACCAGCUCGGGUAUCUGGUGAUCAGCGAGGACGGGGUUCUGGCCUCUUCAGGUGAGCUGGAAAACGACGAGCACACGGCGGGUGUGCUGAUGCAGAUGGUCCGCACCGCCAGUCGCUUCCGGUUGUCGGGAUCCACUGACGUGCCCUUCAAACGCAUGUCAGUGGUUCUGGAUGAUUUUGUUUACGCAGUGACGGUUUCCGGUCAGAAGGUUUUUGUGGUGAAGCGUCAGAACAACCCACAGGAAGCAAUCAGUGUGUAGGGACGGCAACCGGAAGUGUGGUGUGUCACGUGCAACUGAAGCUUCAUGUUUGAAUAAAAUGUUUCAACUUUUCA